AGUUCGCGCGCAUCUGUGGCGCUGCCUGCAGGCCCCCCGCUGAGGAGCUCAAACACACCAGCUGAGGGGGCGGCGGCGGCGAUGGUGUUGUGGAAGGGAGGGCGGCUGGUUGAAGAAAAACACGAGGCUUGCGAGUGACAUUGAGACCAAGGUUAAACACGAACCAGCAGCUCUGCAAUAGGCUGCCUUGGGAACAGUAGAAGAAGAAAAGCGUCAGAAAAUGCUGCAGCCUCGCCCGUCGCUUCUGGAGCCGCGGCAGAUGAAACCCGUUCGUUUGUGUUGAAGUUUCAUCGACGGGUGUCCAUGCUGGAUUCCGGGGCAGGAACAGCACUUCCUGUGCUGCUGCGACACUCUUGGGAAAAGUUCACAGUCCCUCUGCGUCCCUGCAUCAUGGACAGGACGGCUGCGGCGCCGACCCGCAGGGUUUCCUCUCUGCCGCAGUUCAACAUCUCGACCUCCACGUUGGCCUUCGACCAGCAUUUCACCACAAACGCCAAAGGGAUACUUCUUCUGGCGGAGAUACUGACUGGCAUGUUGGUCUGGAUCCUGAUUGGCGGCACCGAUUACUUCCGCCUGUCAACUCUUUGCUGGGUGAUGUUUGUGUCCAUCCUGCUUUGGAUUCUGACCAUUUGCCUGUUCAUAAUUUAUCUCACCGGAGUCCACAGCAGGAUACCGCAGAUCCCCUGGACGACGCUGUCGCUGUGUUUCAACUGCGCUGCUGCUGCUCUGUAUCUGGUGACAGCCGUGGUCGAGGCUGUCUGUGUGGGCCAGGCCACCAGGGGGCGACACAACUACAACUGUUGGGCAGCAUCAGCAUUCUUUGCAUUUCUGGCCACACUGUGCUACGCAGGAAGUGGCUACCUGAGCUACCGUUUGUGGAAAACCACAGAGGAAGAACAGUAAGGCCUCUUCAACAGAUGCUCAGAGAGGAGGAGUGGACAGCUUCUUCAUCAACCGACGCCGCUGACGCCAGAGUUGAGGAAGUUCGCCGAUAGACUAAAACGAUAUAAAGAAAAAAAACAACAAGAUAUAUGGAGGAAAACUGGAUUUUCAGUAUGUUUGCAUAAUUUUCUGAUUAGUUACUUUUCCUGCAAUGUCUAUGCUUAUUUCAUCCAGUAGAUUUGAAUACAAUUACAACAAAUCGGGCAGAUGUGAACAAUGACUCUUUUCACUUCCUCGCUGAAUAAUAAUACAAAAAAAAAAUAAUUUAUACCUUGAAAUAUUGUUAGUCAUUUAUGCAGCAUACUAAAAUACAUUAUUCAUCAGCAUCACUCAUAAUCUUGUAGCUAUUUCAUAAAGUUUGCAUUUCUGCCUCGUGUUGCAGCAGCCUGAGCUCUGCGCUGUGAAUGAAACUCACAGCUUUGUGAGCUUUUUUUUUUUAUUAUUGUUUGGUUGAUCUAUCAGAUACAGUUCCAAUAAAAAUAUAUCCAAGUUUGUGAUUGUAGUAUGAAGGGAUUGUUAAAAGUUGAACGGGGUGUGUAUACUUUUGCUAGGUAAAUUUAAACAGGCUGCCACGUUGCUGGUCCAGACCACAGAGUGUAAGCAGGACAGAAAACACACUAAAACCCUUCAAGCAGAAGUCAUACAAGUACUCCAAAGAAAUAUUAUUAAACACCUGUCAUAAAUCCAAUUAAAGUCACAAGUUCACCUUCUGACAUGUUCUUUGAUUGUAUUGCAUUAAAGAUAUUUAUGAAUAUUUGACAGUCCAGCUAUUAGGAUAACAGCUUCAAGAGUAAAUUGACACUUUACGUCUGAAGUUUGAUGAAAUCUUGUACAGUGAUAAUAGUUGACGUAACCAUAUGCACAGUUUCAGCUCGAAGUGCAAACCGGAGAUGGAAGGUAAAGUGUUACACUUCACAAGUAGAUGUCACUGUUGGGCUUGAGCUAUUAUUGGGUUUCCUGCUUUUCUUUGCCAGUAGGGGCAAGUUGGUCGAUUGGCUUUAUUAUUUAAUUUCCCCAAUGAGGUUCCAUUCAUUCGUUCAUGAAUCAACAUUUUAAUUGUCAAUAAAUAAUAACUCAAAGAAAUAUGGUCAGGAAUGCUUUAGGUAGUUGAAAAAACAAGACUUUUUCGAGCUAAAUGUGUGGCCAUUGAAAUGAGCUUGAAAGUAUUUUAAAUGCUUCAUCACUCAUGAACAAGACACCGAGAUACUUGAAGAGCGCCACUAGGACUCAGGGAGCAGUUCGCCUCUUUCAGGCUGCGAAUCGUGACCUCAGAGAGGAACGCACUCUCAUCCUGCUCGCCUCACACUCAGUUCAAGGGACAGAAACACGUGGAAAGAGCAAAAAAAAAGUUUCUUUGUACAGGUUUCCGCUGCUCUUAGGGAUUUUCUGCCUCUAUUUCAACGACAGAAAAAAUUACAAAAUGCAGUGUUCAUCGUGGUCACCGAGACAUAAAUUUAGGAAAUGGGGGGG